AUGCCGGCCUUCGGUCGCAUUGGAAGGCACCACAACCGCUCGCAGCAAGCACUUGUUGAUCCGGGCGGCGAGGUUGCUAGUUCAGGCUCAGCGACAUCACAUCCCACGCCUGGUCCUGCGCCGCCUUCCGGGCCUGCUGGUGCCGCCGGUGCUCCUUCCUCCUCAUUUCACUCUCACUCCUCCCUCACUCUUGCCUCGAGCGCGGGCACAACCAACGCCGCCGGCGCUAAUAACCAAAUUACCCCCCAUUCAGCCUCGUCGACUGCCUUCAGCUCCAGCGAAUCCUUUGACAUCCACCCAAACCAGCUGGCCCAUCAACAGCAUCAGCUCCAGCUCCAGCAGCAGCAGCAGCAGCAGCAGCAGCAGCAGCAGCAACAGCAGCAACAGCAGCAACAACAGCAGCAGCAACAACAACAACAACAACAACAACAGCAACAGCAACAGCAACUCCUUCAACAACACCAGCAGCAAGGGCAGCAAGGGCCACCUCCACUGCAGCCCCACGAUUAUCCUCCUGCCUCGACCGCAGCCGCCGCUGCUGUCUCGCGCAACUCCCUCCUCUUGCAGCAGCACAACCCACCUGUAGCCGAUUUGCGCCAGAGGAGUCAGCAGGAUUACACCGACUCCGUCUCCCGCUCCCAGUCACAGCGCUACCCGCCCGGUGUGGCCCCCUACUCCAACAACGCCAAACCUGGUGCUGCAUCUAGCUCCGUCGACAACCUCAGAGCGUCCGUCAACAGCACCUCAUCUGCUCCCAUUCACCCUCAAGCAACGUCGCCUCUCCAGCAACCACAGCCCGUCCCCGAGAAGCGAUCCGCACGAAAGCUGCUCAGGAACAUUUUGGGCGGAUCGGGCCGCGAUCAUCACAACACCCCGCCCCCCCAAUCUACCCCGCCAAGUUCCUACGAUAACACCGGUGGUCUUGCUCGUCGACCGUCCAAAAGAGUGAGCAACCCACCACCUGCAAGAAUUACUUUAUCCCAGCAGCCGUCCCAGCAGUCCUUGGACCAGCAAUCUGCCGACUGGCCACUUCCGGCACCUCAUCAACAACCCUCACCCUUACAGGGCGUCGGCGAGACCGAGGAUCACCACUUUGCACAAGACCCUAACAGAGACCCCCGCCUACAGAAACCCGAAUCUAAUCGCAACUCCAUUCGCUACGUCCCGAUCGACUUCGACAAUACCCCCUACGAAGAAGCCGACUACGGAGAUCGUCAGCCACAGCAGAUCCCGACAUUGCAGGAACAACACCAACACGGUCAGCAGCCUGCUUACGACCCUUCACAGCAGCAGUACCAACAACAAUACUCCAACCAGCAGCCUGGUCAGUACCAAGCUGGACCGCCCACGAUCUACACUAGCCACUUGGGUGCCGAUUCGCAUCAGAAUCCCGAGACUGUGUCCCAGUUGUCGCAUGAAUCACCCGUCACUGAUUCAGACGCUCUGUCGGCAAACGUACAUUCCAACCAAAACUCUCCCGCAGUGAGGUACGCUGUGCAGACCACGGACAGCCCGCUGCCUCCCACACUCCCCCCUGCACAACAAGGAGGACCUCAAGCCCAACAGCAGAAUAUGGCCCCUCUCCCUGGCGGCCCUCCCCAGAACAGACGAUCCCAAGAGACAGAGAAAGCAUUGCGCAGUCAGGUCGACGCAUCUGCAGGCCCUCCCCCAGGUUACAGACAGAGCCAGACCAUGCCUACUACCGCUGGUAGCGCCAAUACUGCCUUCCGACCUGGCGGUGCCCCAGACUCGCGCCAAUUCGAAGGCGCCACCGGAGAACAAGGCCGCAACAGCCCACAGCCCUCCAAUCCUGAUCGCGAUGGCACAGAUCCCGACAAAUUCAAGGAGCUUUUAACCAAGUAUAAGAACGUGAAGCGAUUGUACUUUGACGGCAAGACACAGAUCGACAACCUCAACUCUCAGAUUGAGGUGCUGCAAAAUGCAGUUGCGAACCAGCGAAUGUCACAGUCGCGCACUGCCCUGGACGACAGCGAGUACAUAACAAGAUUUAGCCGUCUUAAUGGUGCUAUCAACAACCUCUCAUUCAAUAUUAGAAAAGACUGGCGCACAGUACCGCAGUGGUUAGAUAUGUUCGUCAGCAUUGACGCGCUCAAGACCGGAAAGCAGGAAAUGACAGCCGUUGGUCGUGCCGUCAUUACGAGAUGGAUUGUAGAAGAGAUCUUCAACAAGUGCUUCCACCCUGGCCUUAACUUCGAGCUCAGUCGGCAGCUAAAGGAGAUCGAGCUCAACAUUCGGCGUUUCUCGUACACGAUGAGCAGCCAGGAAGAGUUUGACGCCCUGACAAACAAGGUUGUUAGCUGGCGGAUGGCUACUUUGGAGGGUCUGCAGAGAGUUCUGAACUCACCAGAGAGUGCAGAUAAUAGGGCGGACUUCACUCGCAUGUGUACGUCGAAUCUCACGGCGACACUUUUCCAGUACAUGACGGACCCGCCACCGGCUGGAGUAGACGGCAGCGCAUCCAUGAUUGUCGAGUUGGCAGUGGGCAUUGCAGCCAAUCUGCCGCUGGAAAGCAGAGAUGUUGCGAUCAAUUAUCCCCUACCCGGAGACCCAAUUCAACUGAACAUUAUGGAAGUGGAGAAGACGCCGCUUCCACCCUUGGAGAUUCAAAAGGCCGAGGGCGAAGCAGAGGCCGACGAAGGUGACAAGGACAAGAGCGGCAAGAACCAGCGGGCGGACAAGACCAAGAGCGGUAUGUUCACACCCAUACUCAGCGGUGGACCGCAUGCUGGCCGCAAGGGCAGCACUGCGUCGUCAAUUGUUCCCACAAGUACUGAUGCCGCUCUUCCUUCAGCUCUUCCACCCAAGGACAACAGCACAGUGCGGCUUGCGGGCUUCCCGGUAGUGGAAGUUCGGGGUCGCCAGGUUCUUGUGAAGGCGACUGUUUGGGCACUUUGA